AUGAUGCGACAAGAUCGUCGAAAUCUUUUGGAUAAGAAUCAUUUGGAGUUUUUGCAUCAUAUGAAUGUUGAAGAUGUUAUUGAAUUGUUGGUUGUGAAGGAGGUUUUCAAUGAAACGGUUAUUGAUUCGAUCAUUGUGAGUCCAGAAUAUAAUUGGCCACAUCGACUAAAUUAUAUUUUCAUGUUUUUUAAGCAAAUGAGUUGAAAUAUUGGGUUUUAAUGUUAUUGAUAGGGUAGAAUGCUCUAAGACGAACAGAAUGAUAUAACUUUUGAUGAGUUUACCUUAUCCAUAAGUGAUUUAGCGGCUUAUCGAUUAAAUAUCGACUAAACCUCGCUAAAUAACUUAUGGAUAACGUAAAAUCAUCAAAAUUUAUACCAUUCUGUUCGUCUUAGACCAUUCUAUCAUAUGAAUAACAUUAGAACCCAAUAUUUCAACUCAUUUGCUUAAAAACCCUGAAAAUGUCAUUUAGUCGAUGUCCAACUAUAGUCCAGAACGAUUCCUUUGUCAAAAAUUGCAAAUCUCAACUCCUAAUAUGAGUUAUGACGUGGCAAAGUUGAAAAAUCGUGAAUUUACAAGGCUGACUUGCUCUCAACAUGGUUUUCAUGAAAUUUUUCAUGAAAACCAUGUUUAGAGCUUCAAAAUUCACGAUUUUUCAAUUUUGCCACGUCAUAACUCAUAUUAGGAGUUGUGAUUUGCAGUUUUUGACAAAGGAAUCGUGAAAUUAGUGCCACCCCUUUGUCAAAAAUUGCAAAUCUUAACUCCUAAUUUGAGUUGUGACGUGGCAAAGUUGAAAAAUUGUGAAUUUGGAAGAUUUUUCAUGAAAAUUUAUGACUUGCUCCUAAACAACGCCAAAUUUUCAUGAAAACCAUGCUUGGAGCAAGUUACAACCUUCUGAAUUCACGAUUUUUCAAUUUUGCCACGUCAUAGCUCAAAUUAGGAGUUGUGAUUUGCAGUUUUUGACAACGGAAUCGUGUUCAGCGUGUCGAAAACUACCAGAGCUCAUAUCUUUAAUUUAGGCUUCCCCAACUGAACGAGAUCGUCGAAAAGAAGUAGUAAAAGAGAUCAAGAAAAGAGGAGAUGUUGCGUACGACGCAUUUUACGAGGCACUAAUCGAAUCGGGACAAGACGAUCUCGCUGAAUUGCUGAAACCUCUCUUGAUCGGAGCACACCAUUAUCAAAGUGGUGUUCGCGCAUCUCGUGUCACCAUAUCAACAGCAUCCGCAACAAUCAGCUCACCGCCAACAACACGACGUCGAAUGGAGAUUGGGGCGGUGGCGACAACAUCGAGACCGAGACGCGAAACAAUCUCAUCGACAUGUUUCGAUCCGUCAGCACAAUUGUUGUCGCGAGCAAGAUCGAGAUCGAGAUCGCAGAAACCGUUGCAUGCAUCGGAUAGAAUGAAUUAUCAAUCACCAGUUAGAUCGAUUUUUAAUCGACAAACUCGUGAGUUUUUGAAUCAAAAUAAAUGCAUUUUGAUAAUUCACGAAAUAAAAAACGUUUUUUAACGUUAAAAAACCCGAAAAAAGUGAUUCACGAACGGUAUUUUUAUCCAUUUUUUCACCAUUUUCUCAACACAUUGAAUAAAGUGAAAGCUAAAACGCAUUUUAGUGUCCAGAAAUGCUAUUUCAAGACUUUCUAAUUCUAAUCAGCCUAAAAGACAAAUCAAGUCUUCAGAAUCAGAUGUGAGGCUUGAUUUAUCUUUGAGGCUGAUUAUAAGAUCUUGAAAUAGAAUUUUUGGACACUAAAAUGCGUUUUAGCUUCACUUUCUUCAAUUUGUUGAGAAAAUGGUGAAAAAAUGAAUAAAAAUACUGUUCAUGAAUCACUUUUUUGGUUUUUUAACGUUAAAAAACGUUUUUUUAUUUCCUGAAUUACUGCAUGAAUCAUUAUUUUGUGAUCUCCAUGGAGAAUUUUCGCUCACAAAAUAAACUGGUACCAAAAUUCCCCCAUAUUUCCAGCUUCAUCACCAAAUCAUAGUUUCGGAAGUGGUUCAUUGGGUUACAGUAGUUCGGCAUCUACACGAUCUUCAAUUGGCUCCUACAAAUAUGCUCCAAAUUCCCCCACCGAACCCUAUGAAUUCAACGUGAAUUCCAUGAAUUACACAGAUGCUCCCUCAAUUCAACGAAUCUAUGAUAAAGAGACGGUAUGUCUUCAGAUUUUCAGGCUAAAAAACAUCUAGAAAUCAAAUUUCUAUCCUCAGAUGUACCCGAAUUUUUCGAAUCCACGUGGUCUUUGUCUCAUCAUCAACAACGAACACUUUGAACAAAUGCCAACAAGAAAUGGAACAAAAACGGACAAGGAGAAUAUAUCGAACCUUUUUCGAACUAUGGGUUAUCAUAUUUUGGGAAGAGAUAAUUUGACAGCUAGAGUAAGAAGGGUCUUGUGAGGAAAAAAAAAAUGAAAAAUGAGCGUUUUCAGGAAAUAUUGUUCACGAUUCAGGAUUUCACCAGAGAAAGUGCUCACAGAAGAUGCUCUUCGGCGAUUAUUGUAAUUUUAUCGCAUGGAGAAGAGAAUAAAAUUAUUGGUAAGAGAAAAAGAAUGGUAUGACGUGGAAAAGUUACGGCGAAAAUUAAUGAAGAAAAAUUUGGCGUACACCAAGUUCUUCUUCAUUAAUUUUUGGCGUAUCGGAGCUGGUUUCCCAGCCCUUGCACGGUAUUUCCGUUUUGCCGGAUCUGUAAUUUUCUGAAAAUCCAGCUAAAAGCUGAGAUUUUCAGAAAAUUCCAGCUCCCGCGCAGGGGAACCUAUCGCCAAUUUUUUUGAAAAAAAAUGGCUUCAGCUCAAAAACAUAAUCCAAAUCUGCCGGAUCUGUAAUUUUCUGAAAAUCCAGCUUAAAAGCUGAGAUUUUCAGAAAAUUCCAGUUCUCGCGCAGGGGAACCUAUCGCCAAUUUUUUUUCAAAAAAAAUAUUUUGGCUCGGCUCAAAAACACUUUCUGCCGCAUCUGUAAUUUUUUGAGAAUCCAGCUUAAAGUUGAGAUUUUCAGAAAAUUCCAGCUCCCGCGCAGGGGAACCUAUCGCCAAUUUUUUAUUUUAAUUUGAAAAUUGAAAUUUGGCUUGGCUCGAAAAACACUAAAUAAUCCGAAAUCUGCCGGAUCUGUAAUUUUCUGAAAAUCCAGCUUAAAAGCUGAGAUUUUCAGAAAAUUCCAGCUCUCGCGCAGGGGAACCUAUCGCCAAUUUUUUUUCAAAAAAAAAAAUAUUUUGGCUCGGCUCAAAAACACUUUCUGCCGCAUCUGUAAUUUUUUGAAAAUCCAGCAUGAAACUGAGAUUUUCAGAAAAUUCCAGCUCUCGCGCAGGGGAAUCUAUCGCCAAUUUUUUUUUGAAAAAAAAUUGAUUUUGGAGCUCAGCACAAAAACACUUUCUGCCGGAUCUGUAAUUUUCUGAAAAUCCAGCAUAAAGCUAAGAUUUUCAGAUAAUUCCAGCUCCCGCACAGGGAAACCUAUCGUCAAUGUUUUAUUUGAAAUUAAAAAUUAAUUCUGGCUCAGCUCAAAAACACUUUCUGCCGGAUCUGUAAUUUUCUGAAAAUCCAGCUAAAAGCUGAGAUUUUCAGAAAAUUCCAGCUCCCGCGCAGGGGAACCUAUCGCCAAUUUUUUAUUUCAAAAAAAAAAUUGGCUCGGCUCAAAAACACUUUUAGUAAUCCGAAAUCUGCCGGAUCUGUAAUUUUCUGAAAAUCCAGCUCAACGUUGAGAUUUUCAGAAAAUUCCAGCUCCCGCGCAGGGGAACCUAUCGUCAAUUUUUUUUUUUAAAAAAAAAAAUUUGGCUCAGCUCGGAAACACUUUCUGCCGGAUCUGUAAUUUUCUGAAAAUCCAGCUUAACGUUGACAUUUUCAGAAAAUUCCAGCUCCCGCGCAUGGGAACCUAUCGCCAAUUUUUUUUUCAAAAAAAAAUAUUUUGGCUCAGCUCAAAAACACUUUCUGCCGGAUCUGUAAUUUUCUGAAAAUCCAGCGUAAAGCUGAGAUUUUCAGAAAAUUCCAGCUCCCGCGCAGGGGAACCUAUCGUCAAUUUUUUUUCAAAAAAAUAUUUUGGCUCAGCUCAAAAACACUUUCUGCCGGAUCUGUAAUUUUCUGAAAAUCCAGCUUAACGUUGAGAUUUUCAGAAAAUUCCAGCUCCCGCGCAGGGGAACCUAUCGUCAAUUUUUUUUCUAGGAGUCGAUGACCAAUCGGUGAGCACACACGAUUUGUGCGAUUUGUUGAGCGCCUCAAAGGCUCCAUUUUUGGCCAAUAAACCGAAAUUGGUAUUUAUUCAAGCGUGUCGAGGAGGUGGGUUGUUUUGGUUGAAAAUUAGCCCAUUUUUGGCCCAAAAAUGGCUUAAAUGGCCCAAAAAUGGCGAAAAUUAGGACAUUUUUGGCCCAAAAUGGCUUAAAUUCCACUUACUGUUCAAAACGGUGUCAAUAAUAGAUUCGGUUUCUUCCUGGUGUUCCAUAGUAUAUAGAAUGAACUGAUAACGCCCAAAAAUUAUCUUGUUUUUUCGCUUUUUUAUAGCAAAAACAUUUGGCUAGGCUACACGGGGUACAAAAAACAAAUUUUGAUUUGCAGAACGUCGUGACACUGGUUUUGCCGUCCCCCAUGACGCAAUAGAUGGAAUUCCGGCAAUGUUGCGAAGCGGCCGCGUCGCGGCCUACAAUCAAAUGAGUUUUGACAAGGGCGAUGGUCCGAUUUUCAAUUUUAUGGGUUGUAUUCGUCCGCAACUACAACAAACGGCGUGGCGAAAGAAGCCGGAUCAGGCGGAUAUUUUGAUUGCGUAUGCGACGACUGCGCAAUUUGUGUCGUGGAGAAAUAGUGUGAAAGGAUCGUGGUUUAUUCAGGCGAUUUGUGAGGUAAAUUGGGGGAUUUUAUGAAGGCCCAAAAAAGCCCGAAAAUUAGAGGCCGUUUCAGACAAUUUUUGGGACCUUAAAUAGCCCUAGAAGGCUUGAAACCUCUAAUAUUAGGGCUUUUUUGGGCUUGCAUAAAAUUCAGGCCGUUUCAGGCUUUUCUAGACAAUUUUUGGGCCUAAAAAAGCCCUGAAAGGCUUGAAACCUCUAAAUUUAGGGCUUUUUCGGGCUUGCAUAAAAUUUUUAGGCCGUUUCUAGGCUUUUCUAGAGUUUCAAGCCUUUUAGGACUAUUUUAGGCCCGAAAAUUUGUCUAGAACAGCCUUAAUUUCAUGCAAGCCCUAAAAAGCCCUAAAAUUAGAGUCAAUUUUUCAAAUUAUUAAAAUUUCCCAACUUUUUUUCAAAAAAAUCGUGUGUAAAAUAAAAUAUUCCGGAAACUAUUACACACUUUUCUUAUUCAAAAAAUUAUUGAAAAUUCAAAAAAAAAAGUGUUUUUCUGUUCCAAAACAGGUUUUCUUCAAAAUGAAAAUUUCAAUAUUUUAAAAUUUCUAAAAAAAAAAAUCCAAUUUUUCACGUGAAAUGUGACGUGGAAAUUUUUCAAUGAAUUUUCGGCUUGGAAAAAAAUCAUUUCUGAUUUUGUAAAAUAACAUUUUCUACGUCAGAACUUCGAAGUUUGGUACUUUGGAUUCCAGCUAACAAGAUCUGGUAUCAAAAUCAAUAAAAUUCACCGGAAAUCUGAAAGAUUCAGGGAAAAUGAGAUUUUUUGGAAAGGAAAAAUGUGUUUUAUGAAUUACGAUAACUUUUUUUCCAAAAAAGUCAUUUUCAAAAAAUCGAUAUUCAUCUCAAAAAAUGAUUUUGUAGCUAAAAACUUUGAUUUUUCAAUCAAUAAAAUUAUGAAGCUCGAAAAAUAUUGAAACAUUGUGUUUUUGUCCGUUUCAAAAUUUUUUUCAAAGCGAAAUACAUUUGUUGAUUAAAAAAUUGAAGUUUUUAGCUAGAAAAUCAUUUUUUGAUCGAGUAUUUUCGUCAACUUUGAGAUGAAUCCCAGAUCUUGUUAGCUGGAAUCUGAAGUGCCUGAUUUUGUUAAAAAAAGUUCGUGACUGGAAAAAUGUAAUCAGUUUCCCCCGGACUUACCCAAACUCAAAAAAUUUUCUAGUCGAAAAUAGUAUUUUACAAAAUCAGAAAUGAUUUUUUUCCAAGCUAAAAAUUUAUUUUUAUAAAAUUGCCACGUCACAGUUUUUUUCAGUUCACGUGAAAAAUUUCAUUUUUUUCUUAGAAAUUAUGAAAUUUUCAUUUUGAAGAAAACCUGUUUUGAAACCGGAAAACACUUUUUUUUUUGAAAUUUGAAUAUUUUUUUAAAUAAGAAAAGUGUGUAAUAGUUUCCGGAAUAUUUUAAUAUUUUACACACAAUUUUUUUGCUCGGAAAAAAGUUAGGAAAUUUUAAUAAUUAAAAUUGACUAAUAAACCUCUUAUUUAUGGGCUUUAAUGAAAUUCAGGCCGUUCCAGGCUUUCCUAGACAAUUUUUCGGGCCUAAAAUAGCUCUAAAAGGCUUGAAAGGCCUCUAGAAAAGCCUGGAACGGUCUGAAUUUUAGGCAAGCCCAGAAAAGCCCUAAAGUUAGAGAUUUCAAGCCUUUUAGGGCUUUCAGGCCCCAAAAAUUGUCUAGACAAGCCUGAAACGGCCUAAAAAAGCCUGAUUUUUCCCCAAAAAUCUUCCAGGUCUUCUCUCGCCACGCAGUCGACAUGGACAUUGUUGAAAUGUUGACUGAAGUCAACAAAAAAGUCGCAUGCGGAUUCCAAACCUCACAAGGAACAAUGACUCUCAAACAAAUGCCUGAGGUAAUUAUUUUCUCCCAUUUUUCUUCUGGGCACAAUUAAUCUUCCAAGUUUUCUUUUUUUUUCAGAUGACAUCUCGACUAUUAAAAAAGUUUUACUUUUGGCCGUGCCGAAACUCUGGUGUCUGA